AUGUCCUCCUCCACCGAAACCCGUGGAUAGGACACCUCUCUCUCUCUCUCUCUCUCUCUCUCUCUCUGCAAUUGAUGUAGUGUGUGGGAGUAGACUUCCGGUAGGCGGAGACUCACUCGAACUGGUGAUGGAUCUAUGGCUCGGAUCGCACCAGGCCUUCUUCGCCGCUGUCCGAUCGGGUGAUGUCGACGCCGUCCGGUGCCUCGUCGAGGAGCUCGACCCCGCUGCCGCGGCCGCCCUGGCGACGGCCCAGACGGAGGCGGGAGAGACACCGCUCUACAUCGCGGCGGAGAACAACUCCGAGGAGCUCUUCCGCUACCUCCUCCGCUUCUAUGACUUCGAGGCCGCCGCCAUCCGCUCCCGCGUCGACCUCGACGCCUUCCACGUCGCCGCCAAGCUCGGGCAUGUGGAUCUGCCGCCGUUAACAUUUAUCGCUGGUCCAACUAUCCAGAAUUCUGAGUUAUUUAUCAUGAUCUGGACUCAAUCAUGUCAUUUCCAUUCACCAAUUCACAUCAUGGGUGUCGGUUGUACUGGGAUUGCGAAAGAACUUCUCAGCCUGUGGCCUGCUUUCUGCAGAGUAUGUAAUUCAUCAAAUACUAGUGCCCUUUACUCAGCUGCGGUCAUGGAUCAUUUGGACGUGGUGAAUUCCAUUUUGGAUGUGGAUGAGAGCUCAGCAAGAAUUGUGAGGAAGAAUGGGAAAACGGCAUUGCAUACUGCUGCUAGAGUUGGUUAUUAUCAAAUCGUGAAAGCACUUCUACAGAGAGAUCCAGGGAUAGUCUCUAUAAUAGACAAGAAAGGCCAGACUGCACUACAUAUGGCUGUCAAAGGUCGCAGUCUUGAUGUUGUGGAGGCGUUAUUGCAAACUGAUAUUGCUAUUCUCAAUAUGCGUGACAAGAAGGGGAACACAGCUUUGCACAUAGCGACCAGGAAAUGGCGCCCACAGAUGGUACGACUUCUUUUGUGCUAUGAGUCUAUCGAGGUCAAUGCCAUCAAUAAUCAGAAUGAAACCGCAAUGGACUUGGCCGAAAAGAUCCCAUAUGGUGAAUCUCAAAUGGAUAUUUUGGAGAGCCUAUCAGAGGCAGGUGCCAAGCAUUCAAGGAAUAUUGGCAAAGAUGAUGAUGAGCUGCGGAGAACUGUCAGUGACAUAAAGCAUGACGUCCAUACACAGUUCAUACAGAAUGCUAAAACAAAUAAACGAAUGUCCGGGAUCGCAAAAGAGCUCAGGAAACUGCACCGUGAAGCUGUUCAGAAUACCAUCAAUUCAGUGACAAUGGUAGCAGUUCUGAUUGCAUCCAUUGCGUUCAUGGCCAUAUUCAAUUUGCCCGGUCAGUAUCUCCAAGAUGGUGGAGAAGUUGGCAAGGCUUAUAUAGCUGAUGUAAGGGGGUUCCGUGUGUUCUGCCUCUUGAAUGCCACUGCUCUCUUUAUUUCUCUUGCUGUCGUUGUGGUACAGAUCACUUUGGUUGCAUGGGAAACCCGUGCUCAAAAGCAGGUUGUUUCGGUAGUAAACAAGCUCAUGUGGACUGCCUGUCUCAGCACUUGCUCGGCUUUUCUCUCAUUAGCUUAUGUGGUUGUGGGGAAGCAAGCAUCAUGGAUGGCUACGACAAUAACAGCAGUUGGAGGUCCUAUCAUGGUGGGAACUCUGUUGACCAUGAGUUAUCUUGUACUUCGACAGCGUUUCAGGAUUGGUGAAGACUCUCAAAGGCGUAUCAAGAGGGCCAGCGGCAGCAAGUCCUUCUCCUGGUCUCUUUAUUCUGGUUAUUCAGAUCCAGAUGUGUUUUCUGAUAAUGAGAAGAAAAUAUAUGCUCUGUAGGUAUGACCAUUAUAACGUAUAGCAUCCACAAAGUCCAGCUACUCCUAUCUUUGUAAAUAAUUAUGGAACUUAUCACUCGUUUGGCAGCUUGGAUAAGAAGUGUUCUUUAAGCUUUGUUCUUCGAUAAGGAUAACGAAGGGGUGAAAGUUAUGCAAUCUGUGUAAGAACUAUAAAGUCUAGCAAUGAACGGUAGUCGAUAUGAGUUAAUGUACCCUGUUUUUUGUCAAUUAGAUAAUAACAGGCUGGAGAUAUGAAUUGCUACUC